AUGUCGAGCCCGGGUGUCGACGGCGACCCCAAGCCUCCAUGCUUGCCUCGCAAUGGCCUGGUGAAGCUGCCAGGCCAGCCGAACGGCCUGGGCACAGCCAGCAUCACCAAGGGCACGCCGGCUGCCAAGAACCGCCCCUGCCAGCCACCCCCGCCCACCCUCCCACCACCCAGCCUGGCUGCCCCGCCGCCCCGGGCUGCUCUGGCCGGGGGCUUGUGCCCCCAGGCAGGGCUCCCCCUUGGUGGACCAGCCUUAGCCCCAGUGCCCGGGCCCCCAGUAGAGCGGCCGCCACUGGCCACAGACGAGAAGAUCCUCAAUGGCCUCUUCUGGUACUUCUCAGCUUGCGAGAGGUGCGUGCUGGCCCAGGUGUGCAAGGCCUGGAGGCGUGUGCUCUACCAGCCCAAAUUCUGGGCGGGCCUCACGCCUGUGCUGCACGCCAAGGAGCUCUACACAGUGCUGCCUGGAGGUGAGAAGGAGUUCGUGAACCUGCAGGGCUUCGCAGCACGUGGCUUUGAGGGUUUCUGCCUGGUCGGUGUCUCCGACCUGGACAUCUGUGAGUUCAUCGACAACUAUGCCCUCUCCAAGAAGGGUGUCAAGGCCAUGAGCCUCAAGCGCUCCACCAUCACUGAUGCCGGCCUGGAGGUGAUGCUGGAGCAGAUGCAGGGCGUGGUGCGCCUCGAGCUGUCAGGCUGCAACGACUUCACCGAAGCUGGGCUGUGGUCCAGCCUGAGCGCGCGCAUCACCUCGCUGAGUGUGAGCGACUGCAUCAACGUGGCCGACGACGCCAUCGCGGCCAUCUCUCAGCUGCUGCCCAACCUGGCUGAGCUGAGCUUGCAGGCCUACCACGUGACGGACACAGCACUGGCCUACUUCACGGCACGCCAGGGCCACAGCACGCACACGCUGCGCCUGCUCUCCUGCUGGGAGAUCACCAACCACGGCGUGGUCAACGUGGUGCACAGCCUGCCCAACCUCACCGCACUCAGCCUCUCUGGCUGCUCCAAGGUCACCGACGAUGGUGUCGAGCUUGUGGCCGAGAACCUGCGCAAGCUACGCAGCCUCGACCUCUCGUGGUGCCCACGCAUCACCGACAUGGCGCUCGAGUACGUGGCCUGCGACCUGCACCGCCUGGAGGAGCUCGUGCUGGACAGGUGUGUACGCAUUACGGACACUGGCCUCAGCUAUUUGUCCACCAUGUCGUCCCUUCGCAGCCUCUACCUGCGAUGGUGCUGCCAGGUGCAGGACUUCGGGCUGAAGCACCUCCUGGCCAUGAGGAGUUUGCGUCUCUUGUCUCUGGCAGGCUGCCCGCUGCUGACCGCCACAGGGCUGUCGGGCCUGGUGCAGCUGCAGGAGCUGGAGGAGCUGGAGCUGACCAACUGCCCUGGGGCUACCCCCGAGCUCUUCAAGUACUUUUCGCAGCACCUGCCCCGCUGCCUCGUCGUCGAGUAG